UCUCUCCAUUAAUUUUAAGCAUUAAAAAGUAAAGAAUUCAAUAAACAUUUGUUACCCUUAUUUCUUUGAUAUUAGGAUAAUUUCAAAUGGAAUUUUGGGGAGUAAUCUUUAUUAGUUUUCUUUUUUUUCAACUUGGAGUUAAUUCCAAUGCCUUUCCAAUGAAUGAUUUGAUAAGCAAAUUACUAGGACAACCAGAUGUUAAUUUCAGACAAUUUGCUGGAUAUAUUGAUGUGGACGAAAAUGUCGUUGGUCGAAGUCUUUUUUACUAUUUUGUUGAAGCUGAGAAAGAUCCCCUAACUCAACCCCUCACUGUUUGGUUAACUGGAGGACCAGGGUGUUCUUCCGUUGGAGAUGCCUUUGGAAGUGUUGGACCUUUUAUUGUUACGAAAGAUGCUCAUGAUCUCCAAACAAAUUUAUUUUCUUGGAACAAAGUGUCAAAUCUAUUGUUUAUCGACUCCCCUAUUGGAUCUGGAUGGUCAUAUUCAAACACAAGUAGUGAUUAUAAUAACGGAGAUGAUAUCACUAAUAAAAUAUUGCUUACAUUUAUGCAAAAAUGGUAUGAAAAAUAUCCAGUCUUCAAGUCGAAAGAUCUAUAUCUAGUUGGAUCAAGUUUUGCAGGACACUUCGUACCAAAUCUUGCUAAUGCUUUACUCGACGACAACAAGCAAUCCAAGCAAUCCAAAUUUAACCUCAAAGGAUUGAUUCUGGGAAACCCAAUGCUUCGUAAAAAGCUAGAUGAUGUUGCAAAAAUUGAUUUCUUUUUCUCUCGGGAGAUGAUAAAUAGCUCGUUGUAUAACGAAAUCAAGAAAGAAUGCAAUGCCAUUGAUGAAUAUAAUUACUUUUCUAGCAUCAAAACCACUUGGAGCGCAAAAUGCAAAAACCUUGUAUUUGAGGCUGAUUUGGCUGCUUUCAAGACCGAUGCUCAUAAUUACUCCCCACAGAAGCUAUUUGAUGUCUUUCGUCCUCCUUGUGCUGAAACUGAGCAAGAUUUGAACUUAGGAAAACAGGUUCCUAUAGUUAGCACAGAAGUAGACAUGUGCCAUCCAUUAAGGGUGCAAUUUUACUUUAAUCUCCCGAAGUUCAAAAAGCUUUCCAUGGGAAUCAAACAAACUUGUCAUAUAGAUGGAAGGGUUGUUUCACAGCUAAUUUUAAAUACAACGAAGCUGAUAAGGACCUUGACAUGCUUCCUGCACUUAAAAACCUUCUUCAACAAUCCGUUCCCAUUACUAUAUUCAGGUUGGUAUUGUAUUUGUAAGCCAUACUUUUUUCCAAUACUUUCUUGA